AUGGCCGACGCUUUCAGAGCUCGAACGCUGAAACGGAAAAACGUGAAGGGUCUUGCGCUCAAUGCAGCAGCGUCCAAAUUGGGCUCAAAGCCUUCAGAUGGAGAUGCCCAGAUACCAGGAGCGAUUGGGAAUAGCGAUAGUAAUCGCACGGACACACUCGAGAUUGGAUUGGAAUUUCAAUUAGACCUACGGAGCGAAGAUCUAAUAGUGCUCAAGGAGCUUGGAGCUGGCAAUGGAGGAACAGUGAGCAAGGUGAUGCAUGCGUCGACAAAAGUUGUGAUGGCUAGGAAAAUUAUACGAGUCGACGCAAAAGAGAAUGUAAGGAAACAGAUAUUGAGAGAGCUACAAGUCGGCCGACACUGCGAUUCCCCCUAUAUCGUAACGUUUUACGGUGCCUUCACCAACGAGGCCAGAGACAUUGUGCUGUGCAUGGAAUAUAUGGAUUGUUGCUCUCUUGAUCGAAUCCCCAAGGAUUUCGGGCCCGUUCGAGUCGACGUAUUGGGAAAGAUUGCAGAGUCGAUUCUCGGCGGGCUUGUUUACCUUUACGAAGCACAUCGUAUCAUGCACAGAGACAUCAAGCCAUCUAACGUGCUCGUCAACUCCAGAGGACAUAUCAAACUAUGUGAUUUUGGGGUUGCAACUGAAACGGUGAACUCUGUUGCCGACACUUUUGUUGGCACAUCGACCUACAUGGCUCCUGAGCGUAUUCAAGGUGAAGCUUAUUCAGUACGGUCCGACGUAUGGAGCAUGGGCUUAACAAUUAUGGAGCUGGCGGUUGGCCGUUUCCCCUUUGAUUCCACGGAUACGGCCGCAGGAGACAGGGCCAGCGCUGGUCCGAUGGGCAUUCUGGAUUUGUUACAGCAGAUUGUGCAUGAACCAGCACCGAAGCUUCCAAAAAGCGAUGCAUUUCCAGCCAUUCUAGACGAUUUUGUGGCCAAGUGUUUACUGAAGAAGCCAGGUGAACGGCCCACGCCACGAGAGCUUUUUGAUCGCGACGCAUUCAUCCAGGCGGCUAAGCGAACUCCAGUCAAUCUUCGAGAAUGGGCCAUCAGCAUGAUGGACAGGCAUAAUAGGAAAUCUUACUUGGCACCUCCUGCCCCCCGAGCCAUCACGCGCGACGGCUCGAGAGAUUCCGUCUCUGAACCGAAACCAUCGCGGCAACCGGACUCCCAUGCUCACGUAACUCCUACGUCUGGAGAGAUUCCUUUGAACUACUCGCAUGUCCAACACGGCUCACGAGACGAUCAAACCCCUCGUGCAGUCGAACCCUCCCCGAGUCUCGGCCUGGAGCAUCUUAAUAUCAACAACCAUAAUAACUCUCCAGUCAACGGCCAGAAUGGAUGGCCAAGAAAGUCACCAUAUGCCGCGGGUCAUCAUUCAGCUAGUAACUCCCCUCAAGCAUAUGCUUCACCCCGUGCUGCUCCGUCACCGCAUCAUCCAUCACCCAGAAGUCUCCCACAGUCGGCUGGCUUGCCAUUGAGGACUGGGCCUCCCAGCGGGCAAUUGCCGCCUCCCCCCGGUUCUAGUGCGUUGGGUUCGUGGCCACGAGGCCAAGGAAACCGAGUCUAG